AUGAAACCUUAUAUCAUUGAUUUGAAGCUUAAGGAUACAGAAAAGGUUAAUUGGAAGAAGAGUCUUUCCAAUUAUUUGAAGAAAUCAUAUGGGUCCAGAAAUUGGGAGAGCUUUUAUGAUGAAAAAUUGACCUCCAAUUUGGACCAUUUAAGAAAUAAUGCUAAUGGCGAAUUAGCCCCUGAUGCAUUAUUAGAACAAAAUUAUAAAUAUUAUGCUCUGCUAGAGCAUUUAAAUUUACGGGUCGGUAAGAAUAGUUCACAAUUGAAGAUCGAUUUCAUCUGGUACGAUGCUGAAUAUUCGUUAACUCCAAAGGAUCAAAAGUAUAAGCAACAUACCAUAACCUUCGAAAAGUCAUGCAUCCUCUACAAUAUUGCAGCCAUUCUUUCACAGGCUGCUAAAGAGAAAAUCGACAGCGAUCCUAAGAUUGCAAUUGGGCUCCUAUCUAAAGCUACCACAACUUUCCAGUAUUUAUCUGAAAACUUUCUAAACUCGCCAUCAGUUGACUUAAAAGCUGAGAAUACUCAAUUCCUAACGAACUUAUGUCAUGCAGAAGCACAGGAAGUAUUCUUAUCAAAAUUAUUAAGUAGUCCCACAGCUGAAAAGCAGGCUUCCCUAAUUAGCAAAUUGGCAUUUGCUACUUACAACUUAGUGGACAAAUGCUCGAAAUAUCUAAAGGCUCCAGAGGGAGGUGUUUCACCAUAUGGUGAACCCAGAUGGAGUACAAUUAUGACUUGUAAGGCAUAUCUUUAUAGAUCGAUUACUGCAUAUUAUUAUGCCCUGCAUUUGGUGCAAGAGAAUAAAAUCGGUCAAUCUAUCGCAUUUUUGAAGAUCGCUAACCAAAACAUUGUUUCAGCAUUCCCUUUUAGAUCCUCAUUAAACGAUUAUUUCGAUUUCGAAGGGUUUAAAGAGACCAUUAACAAUAAAAUGAGAGAGUUUAACAAGGAUAAUGAUUAUAUAUAUCAUGAUUUGAUUCCAUCUAGUGUCUCAAUCGAAAGUAUCAAGCCAAUGGAUGCCAUUAAAUCCCCGACUUGGCUACAGCAAUUACAACCCUAUAUGGACGCAAGCUCAAAUGAUGCAGAUAUUUUGUAUAAGGGAAUUGUCCCAAUGGAAAUAUAUGAAAAAGAAAGUAUUUACUCAGAAGAAAAAGCUCAGCUACUAAGAAAGGAAAUGGAAUCAGUGGAAACUGCAGACUUGGAAUAUACGUCGUUCGUGGAAUUUACCAACUUACCCAAGUUGAUCAAUGACCUAAAAAAGAAAUAUACAACUGGUGGAAAUAAUAAUGAUGCAGACCCACAACUUGAAAUGAUGAGAGAUCAAAUUAAAUCAUGGGCGUAUGCAGUUCAACAGAAUGAAUUUAAUGAUAUUGAAAGAAUCAUUAAUGUCAUUUCUUCAAAAAGGAAGGAAAUCUUGGAUAUUUUGGCAACAUUACCUGCAGAGGAAAAGGAGAAUAUCCUUAAAUUGAAAGCGUCAUUAGUCGAAGCAUCACAGUCUGAUGAGAAACUGUUUAGACUUAUUAAACCAUACGUAGCUGAGAUCAAGCUGUUAUGCAAUGAUUCUUCGCUAUGGAGAAAGUUUGAUGAAUUUCAGUCAGCAGGAGCUUUCCAACCAAGCUUGUUAGAUAUUGACGAUUCUAAGACAGAAUUAAUAUUGUCUAAAUUAAAGGCUAUAACCCAAUUUGCUGAAGACCUGAGACUAUUAAAAGAGGAACGUGCGAGAACGAUGGGUGAAUUGAAAGAUUACGUUAAUAAUAAUGAUGAUAUCACUAGUCUGUUGUUAGCCAAUAAGGAUAAGUCGGAUGCCGAAUUGCAAUCAUUGUUUGAAAGUGAGUUAGCAAAGUUUGAGCCCUUGACAACAAGGAUAGAAGCCACAAUAUUCAAACAGGGCUCCACCAUAAAUGGAGUUAAAAUCGAAUUGGAUAACAUAUUUGGCCUGACCGGAAUACAAGACAAAACACCGGAAGAGCAAAAGGCUGAACUUGAACGAAAAUUGUUUUUUGACAAAUUGGAAGAGGCUACAACUAAGUUCACCAUAUUUAGUUCAGAUAUUCAGAAGGGAUUGAAUUUCUACAACUCUCUACUUAAGAUGAGCAAAGAUUUACAGAACUCAGUUGAGCAAAAUCCAUCUAGAAACACUUCUAACAUCACGAUGCAACCUCCUCCUGCACGUCCUCCACUUCCUAUGCAACCACAAAGAAUGGGUACGAGUUCAUACUCUCCUAUACCACCUUCUGAUCUUAACUCCAGAUUCGAUAAUUUAAAUUUGAACCACACACAGCAAUAUCAAGGCACUUUCUCGAACGAACCUAAUAGAACUCAUAUGCAAGAAGGUCCACCUGCAUAUGUCGAAUCUACUUUCGGGAUGAACAACUUUCCAUCUCAACCUGCACCAUCAAAUUACCAACGUCCACCUAUUCCUGUACCUCAAGCCCAAGCUUCGCUGGGAGCGCCUCAAGUACCACCAAAACAGCCUCCCAUGGGAAUGAAUGAUUUAUUAUCGAGGAGACAACAAGUUGAAAAUGAAGAGCGUGAACUGCAACAAAAUCCAACUUCGUUUUAUAAUAAAACAUCCGUUUUUGAUGAAAACUUAUAUUCCAAGUAUAGUACAUAG